AUUAUAGAACACCCCCCUCCCCCCUCCCGUCUAUCUCAUCCAUGGCCUCAGUAGAAGAGAAAGAGAACAAUAUGGACUCCACGGCUCCUCCUCCGUCCACCACCUCAACCCACCACCAACUCAAGCCCUCUUUCCUCGUUAUCUUCAACGCCACCCUCAUGCUCCUCGGCUGCGGCGGCCCCCUUCUCCUCCGCCUCUACUUCGUCCGCGGCGGCCACCGCAUGUGGCUCUCCGCCUUCCUCCAGGUCUGCGCCUGGCCCAUCCUCCUCCUCCCCCUCUCCAUCUCCCAUCUCUUCCUCCCCGCCACCGCCGCGGCCGCCACCCGCCGGCGCUGCCGCCGCUUCUUCCUCCUCCUCCCACCCGCCCUCACGGCUGCCUGCGCCGUCCUCGGUCUCCUCAUUGCCGUCGACAGCUACAUGUACUCCUACGCCUCCUCCUUCCUCCCCCUUUCCACCUCCUCCCUCCUCAUGGCCUCUCAGCUCGCCUUCACUGCCGUCUUCGCCCUCCUUAUUGUUCGACAGCGCUUCACCCCUUUCUCCCUCAACGCCGUCGUGCUGCUGACACUCGGCCCGGUCGUGCUUGGCCUUGGCGGGGCCAGCGACCGGCCGGAGGGGGAGCCGCAGUCCAAGUACUACCUAGGAUUUUGUAUGAUGGUGGCGGCCGCGGCGCUGAUAGGGCUGGUGCUGCCGCUGGUGGAGCUGGCGUAUAGGCGGACCACGGAGGAGAUGACGUACGCCAUGGUCAUCGAGACGCAGAUGGUGAUGGGAGCUUCUGGGUCCCUCUUCUGCCUCCUUGGCAUGCUACUCAGCAAAGAUUUCCAGGCCAUUCCAAAGGAGGCAAGAGAGUUUGAGCUUGGUGAGUUGAGAUACUACAUGGUGCUCAUUUGGGAUGCAAUUUGUUGGCAAAUCCUCAACGUUGGACUGGUGGGUGUCAUAUUUAGUGCCUCCUCACUAUUUGGUGGUAUGAUGAUAGCAAUCCUUGUCCCUAUUGGAGAGAUCCUACCGGUCAUCUUUUUAAAUGAGAAAUUUAAUGGUAGUAAAGCGGUCGCUUUAGCCCUCUCCCUUUGGGGGUUUGCCUCAUAUUUGUAUGGUGAAUUGAAGCAAGGCAAGAAAUCAAAGCAAACUACAGAGGUGGAACUUCCCUUGCCUGUACCAUGAAAAUUUUAUCAUCAUCUUAAUUGUAUGCCAUUUUGAAGAAAGUUCCAUUGCUCCAAAGCAAAAAAACUAAAGUAAACUUUGGAUGUGGAACUUCUCUUGCUUGUACCAUGAAAAUAUUAUCAUCAUAUUAAUGGUCUAUCAUUUUGAAGCCA